UUCAUUACCAAAGCAAGACCGGUGGUUGUUAAAGCUAAAAGACAUUGUGGUCUCCUUUGGCGUCUCUGGUUUCCGUUUAUUGUACGCAACUUUCAAUGGAUCUUACACCCCAGCAACUUCUCCAAUUCAACGGCUCCGAUCCAUCCAAGCCCAUAUACGUCGCUAUCAAUGGCCGCAUCUACGACGUCUCCGCAGGAAAAUCCUUCUACGGUCCCGGCGGCGCCUACGCCAUGUUCGCCGGCAAGGACGCCAGCAGAGCUCUUGCGAAGAUGAGCAAGAACGAGGAAGAUAUCUGCGCCAAUCUCGGUGGCCUCUCCGAAAAGGAGAUGGGAGUGCUCAACGAUUGGAUCAAGAAAUUCGAAGCUAAGUAUCCGAUUGUCGGCCGCGUUGUCUCCUGAAAUCUCCCUUCAUGUUGAUGUGUUUUGUUUCUGGGAAAAUAUAUGCCCAAUUUACUUUGAGUGUUCUGAAGACCAUGGUGAUCUAUCGAUUAAAUGUCUUUGGUGUUUUAGCUCAGAACAGUUUAAGGUUAAAUAAAUGGGUGAAAUUAAUCGA